AUGGACAGUCUACACGCUGCAGCAGCAGCAGCAGCAGCAGCAGAUGCAGCAGCAGUAGCAGCAGCAGCAGAUGCAGCAGCAGCAGAUACAGCAGCAGCAGAUGCAGCAGCAGCAGCAGCAGAUGCAGCAGCAGCAGAUAUCGAGUCUAACUGCAGCAGCAACGGGAGAUGCACAGAAACUCCUGCUGCAGCAGAGCCAGCCUCUCCUGCUACUUUAGCUGCAGCAGCAGAUGCAGCAGCAGCAGAUGCAGCAGCAGCAGAACUAGCAACAGAACCACCAACAGCAGCUGCUGCAGCUGCUGCAGCUGCUGCAGCAGCUGCAGCAGAAACGCCAGGGCCGCUACCUGCAGCAGCAGAUACACCAAAUUCAGUAGAAAAGCCCCUCACAGCACCAGCAGCACCAGCAGCAGCAGCAGCAGCAGCAGCAGAGCCAGCAGCAGCAGCAGCAGCAGCAGCAGCAGAUACUAAUGGAUCCGGGCAUUCUACAGCGUCAUCUGUUUUAGGGGAUUGUGCUGCAGCAGCAGCUGCUGCUGCAGCACAACCAUUAGCAGCAGCAGCAGCACCAGCUGCUGCUUCUGCUGCUGCAGUAACAGCAGCAGAACCAUCAGCAGCAGCAGAAUGCAGCAGCAGCAGCAACAGCAGCAGCAGCAGCAGCACGCUGGAGGAGCAGCAGCAGCUGCUGCAUCUUCUGCUGAGCUCACCAAUCGGGGAGCAGCAGCUGCUGCUGCCAGCUGCUGCUGCCUCAGGUGCUGAAUGUGGGGGCCUGCAUGCAUCAGCAGCAGCAGCAUCAGCAGCAGCAGCAGCAGCAGCAGCAGCAGCAGCAAAGGAGCAGGCCGGCGGCUUUCCUCUGCCAGAGUUUAUUCAGGAUGCAGCAGCAGCAGCAGCAGCAGCAGAUACACCAACACUGCUUGAGAGUCGUCCUGCUGCUGCUGCUGCUGCUGCUGCUGCUGCAGCUGGAGCAGCAGCAGCAGCAGCAGCAGCUCUUGCAGAGGCUGAAGCAGAGAAGGAGAGGCGGCUGGCUACGGACUCUGUUGCUGCUUCUGCUGCAGCAGCAGCAGCACCAACAGCAGCAGCACCAACAGCAGCAGCAGCAGCAGCAGCAGCAGCAGCAGCAGCAAAUACUGAUGAAGUAAAAGCAGAGCUCUUCUGUGCUAUAGAAGCCUUCGAGCACAACAGCAGGCUGCUGCUGCUGGGGCUGCAGCAGCAGCUGCAGCAAGCAGCAGCAGAAGUGCAGCAGCUAGCAGAAGCAAAAGCAGCAGCAGAUACAUUUGUUGAUGAGCUACGGCAGGAGAUAGCGACGACGCGCGCCAAGCGAAAGCAGCAGCAGCAGCAGCAGCAGCAACAGCAGCAGCAGCAGCAGCAGCAGCAGGGUCGUGUUUAUUUUGCUUCUUCUCCUCCUACCAGUGCUGAUGGCCUGCGUCUUAUAAAGGAAGGAAAUACAGCAUUUGCUCCUACCAGUGCUGAUGGCCUGCGUCUUAUAAAGGAAGGAAAUACAGCAUUUGCUGCUGCUGCUGCUGCUGCUGCUGCUGCUGCUGAUGAAGAAGAUGUUGCUGCUGCAGCAGAUCCUGCUACUGCAGCAGCAGCACCACCACCAUCAGCACCACCAUCACCGCCACCACCAGCACCACAACUACCAGCAGCAGCAGCAGCAACACCAUCAGCAGCAGCAGCAGCAGCAGCAGCAGCAGCAGACGAUGAUGCUGAUGAGAUCCUGCCACUGCAGCAGCAGCAGCACCACCAUCAGCACCACCAUCACCGCCGCCACCAGCACCACAACUACCAGCAGCAGCAGCAGCAACACCAGCAGCAGCAGCAGCAGCAGCAGCAGCAGCAGCAGCAGAUGAUGAUGCUGAUGAGGGGGAGCCUGAGAAGCCCCUCCCCUUACUCUUGGGGUCCCUUUGCCUUUGAGCAUGCAGCAGCAGACAGCAGCUGUGGAUCUGCUGCUGCUGCUGCUGCUGCUGCUGCUGCUGCUUUUGCCUUUGAGCAUGCAGCAGCAGACAGCAGCUGUGGAUCUGCUGCUGCUGCUGCUGCUGCUGCUGCAGCAGCAAGUAAUGCUGCUGGAGGAGGAGGAACAGCAGCAGCAGCAGCAAGUGCAGCAGCAGCAGCAGCAGCACCAGCAGCAGGAAGCAGCGGAAGCGAGAUAUCUUCUUCCUCCCUAGGAGAUAACAACAACCCAGCAGCAGCAGCAGCAGCAACAGGAGGAGCAGCAGCAGCAGCAGCAGGAGCAGCAGCAGCAGCAGCAGCAAGAAGCAGCACAGGGGGAGGAGUGAAUGUAGGCACAGAGAAGAUAUUUCAGCGUGAAGCAGCUGGGGUUCGAACUCGCGCGGCGGCAGGCGAUACUGCAGCGGCAGGAGUGGAAAGGAGAUGUAAAUGA